CACUUUUCAGUCACCAUUGCGCAUGUAAACUGGCUCUAGUCGAUAGUUUAUUUUCUUUCUUUCUGCAUUUGCGCAGUUCAGGGUCAUUCACCACAGUUUCAGUGCACGUGUCAUUCAAUUGAGAGUGGGGGGUUAGAGUUCCUAGCUUGCAUGGUCAAUUGAUUGUUGAAUCCGAAGCUGUAACGAACGUCUUCGAUUGAAUUGAUCGUCUGUGGUGUUUGAUUCUAGGGGGUUCUGCCUCUGCAUUCGUGGUUGAACUCCAGAGUGAUCGUGGCGUGAGAAUGUGAGCUCUUGUCACUGAUCAAAGAGUUUUCUGAGGUUGAGCUGUCGAGGCCUGAGUUUUAGAGGUUCGAACCUAAACUAAAUUUGGGAGAGGGAGGCAUGGCUAGGUGGAAAGCUCUCGACGAAGGAGUUCUAACAAGCCGUAACUUGUUGUAACCGAUUAGCUGCAUUAAUUUCGUUGCACGCGAUCCAGGUUGUGAGUCGGAAAUGUUGCAGCAGACUGCACGAGACGUCUGGGAGAAGUUAGACGCAACUGAUCAUCGACGAUCUUUUUUUUAACCUUUCGUGAUCAGUUGUAGCUCAAAUUCAUGAAUAAUGGCUCGCUGGAGUCCAGAACCUCACCUGGGAUCGAUUUGCAUUUCACUUAACUUCGUGAUGAUCGAUUAAGUAUGCAGUUUAGGGUUUGUUACUUGGGAGCCACUGACGGAUGACGUCACUGGUGUUUACCACCCAUGUUCCGGUUUAAUGCUCUCAUGAACUUCACCCAACUGGUAUCGAAUUGAAUUCCUCUAACUUUUAGGUUGAUUGAAUCUGCUCGCACGCAUCAUUGUCGUUCUCUUUUCUUUUUCUUUAAGCGCCCGCCACUUUCGAUUAAGGACACAGGUUUGUCUUCGGAUUUUUUUAUUCCUCCCAGAUUAGGUGCCCUCCGUGCACCCUGCAAUCGGUCUGCUGGGCACCCAAGUAACGAUGGACGAAUCAGGGAAUGUAAACCAUGUCGCAAACGGGCAUACGAACGGCGUGCAGACGGAGGAGGAGAAGGUUAUCGAGACGCACAACAACGAGGCCAGGUUGCGUAAGUUUAGAGAAGCGCUUGGGAAGGCUGAGGGAGACCCGUUGCGUGUAGUGGGGGUGGGUGCGGGAGCUUGGGGUAGUGUCUUCAUUGCCAUGCUGCAGGAUACCUACGGAGCUUUCCGUGAUUCUAUACAGCUACGGUUGUGGAGAAGAGGAGGGAAGGAGGUGGAUCGUCAAACGGCAGAGCAUCUGUUUGAGGUGAUAAAUUCUCGGGAAGACGUGCUACGUCGUCUUAUUCGCAAAUGUGCGUAUCUCAAAUACGUAGAAGGCCGGCUUGGGGAACGAAUUCUCUACGCCGACGAGAUACUCCGAGAUGGUUUUUGUGUGAACAUGAUUGAUACUCCUCUGUGUCCUUUAAAGGUGGUCACCAAUCUCGAAGAGGCCGUGUGGGACGCAGAUAUUGUUGUUGCAGGUCUUCCCUCCACCGAAAUUCGGCGAGUUUUCAAAGAUAUCGGUCGGUACUGGAGGGAGCGGCGCACCAAGCCCAUCAUCAUCUCUCUGGCAAAGGGUGUGGAGACUGCCUUGGACCCUCACCCCCACAUCAUCACUCCUACCCAGAUGAUUGUGGAUAUGACCGGAGUGCCUUCUGAGAAUGUCCUAUAUCUUGGAGGUCCAAAUAUUGCUUCUGAAGUUUAUAACAAGGAGUACGCCAAUGCACGGAUCUGUGGGUCAGAGAAAUGGCGGAAGCCGCUGGCAAAGUUUCUGCGCCAGCCACAUUUUAUUGUGUGGGACAAUCCUGACAUUAUCACACAUGAGGUCAUGGGAGGUCUUAAGAAUGUGUACGCCAUUGGUGCUGGAAUGGUCGGCGCUUUAACUAAUGAGUCAGCCACAAGCAAGGCCGUGUAUUUUUCACACUCGACAUCAGAGAUGAUUUAUAUCACUCGUUUACUGGCAGAGAACCCAGGUCCACUGGCUGGUCCAUUGCUUGCAGAUACUUACGUUACGCUUUUGAAAGGUCGGAAUGCAUGGUAUGGAGGAAAACUUGCUAAAGGAGAAAUUACCAUUGAAACGGGUGAUACCUUCAGCGGGAAGGGUACGAUUCAGGGUAUCUCUGCCGUGGAGGCAUUCUAUGAGUUGUUGCGACAGCCUUCCUUAAGCGUGAUGCAUCCUGAGCUUGGCAAGCCAGUCCGACCUGUUGAGCUAUGCCCCAUCCUUCGAGCUUUAUACAAGAUUCUUAUUCAAAAAACUGCUUCCAUCACAGCCAUUGUGGAAGGCUACAUGAGCGAAUAUGAUCCUAGGCAUCUUGUCCAACUUGAAGAUGCAUACAUUCCCCAACUUCUGCGUCGUGAGCCCCAACAGAAGCUGACAAAUAUUAAUUCGACGCAAUCUGUAUAAUACAACUGGAACGAUAAUUAUGAAUGUUUUUUGAAGUCUCAGCCUCCUUAUUCACAGGGUUGACAAACCUCAUGUAAUUAUAUGCAACAGAAGUACUUGAUAAGAUCCUGCUGCGAGUUUUUUACAAGGUGUUAGCUGUCCUGAUUCCUGAGAGCGCUCUUUGUUUCAGAUUGCAGACACGGGCUACUUAGAUAAGGUUUUAUUGCUUGAACAAGUAUGCUAUCUAUAGAAGCAAUAUGGUUACUUGACAUGGAUGGCAGGUCUGGAAUUUUUUUCGAAUGAUUAAUCAAUUCUUGUUUCUCAAA